UCAAUAUAAUUUAGCAAUGCAAAUUUAAAAUAAAAGUAUUUUAAACUUGAAUGUGCAUUUACUCAGGAAACUGAUUUUAUAAAUAUGGUAUAUAAAAGAUAAAAUGUGAACGUCAAAAAUGGGUUCAAUAAAUGGUGAGAUUGAUACAUAUGGUUUUAUGAGACAAUCAGACUUCGAUUAUGACAGCUAUGAAACAUUCAUGAAUAAGUAUUUGCGCAUAUUAGCAAAACGGUUGUCAAAAUGGGAAAAGUUAAUGAAAAAUAAAGAGAGUGUUAAAAGAACUCGUAAAGUAAAAAGAUACAUCAGAAAAGGAAUUCCAUCUAAUUUUCGCACUGAGGUAUGGAUGUAUGCCUCUUUUGCACAAUUUAAUAAAGAAAAAUUUCCCAAUAAGUAUUCUGAGAUCCUUGCUCAUCCAAAUCUUGAUAAAGUAGUUAUAGAUUCUAUCGAGUUGGAUAUAAAACGAACUUAUCCAGAUAACAUUUACUUUAAAGAGCUUGAUGACAGCUUGCUAAAGCCAUUAUCAAACGUUCUUACUGCAUAUGCUAGUUAUAACAGGAAUGUUGGAUAUUGUCAAGGCUUAAAUUAUAUUGCUGGAAUGUUGUUAUUGGUUACAAAAGAUGAAUCAAAUACAUUCUGGUUGCUAGUUCAACUGCUAGAUAAGUUUGUUCCAGAUUUCUACACAUCCAGAAUGCUUGGUUUAAGAGUUGAAUGUCAAGUGCUUGACCUUUUGAUAAAGUCUUCUCACCCUGAUCUUCACGAACAUUUUAAAAUCCACAAUAUUACUAUAGAGCUGUUUGUAUCAAAGUGGUUUAUAUGUUUGUUUGUUGAUGUACUUCCAGUAGAGACAGUAUUACGUCUCUGGGAUUGUCUGUUUUACGAAGGUUCAAAAAUUCUUCUGCGUGCUGCUUUUACCCUAAUUAUCAUUAAUAAAAAGAAUUUUCUUCAGUUGAAUGAAUUUACUGAGAUUUGUAAUUUAUUCAAGAACAUACCUCUAAGCAAAGAGACUUUGGAUUGUCAUUAUUUUCUUCAGUGUUGUUUUAACGUUCCAAAAUCAUUUCCAAUGUCAAAGAUACUACAACUCCGAGAUGAUGCUUCACAAAGUUUAUUAUCUUCAGUCUCGUAAAAUAAAAAAAAUACUGCGAUACUAUGAUUAUCUUCUAGUCUACUACAAUAACUUUAUUAUAAGGGAUCUGAUAGAUUUUUUUAACAAAAGCUAAAAAUAACAUAUACAUAUAUGUGUUGUAUUACAUUAUAUAAACCUAUAUGUUUUAUAUUACGCAAAUAUAUAUUUGGGAAUUUUUUGAAUGGAAAUUUUCCGAAAAGAAUUUUUAGAGAUUUUGAAUAAUAUUCUAAAUUUGUAAUAUCGUAUUGUUGUCACCUUUGUAUAUAUUGUCGUUAUUAUAAGUCUUCGACGUUUUCUUGUAAAUUUUUACUUUCAUAGUUUUUUUGUUUUUUUUUUUCUUUUCUGAGUCAUUAAACCCUGUAUUAAAAAAAAUAAAAGUUCUUUAGGUUAUCAUUUUUUUUGACGGUUUCUGCUUUUAUUAUUUUAGUGUAAUUUGGUGUAAUUAUUUAUGAUCCUUGUUUGUAUUGAAUAUAAAUGGCUAUAUAGGAAUUAUAUGUAAAUAAUUUUUAUGAGAGUAUAAAUUUGAUUUAUAAAAAAAAAAAUUAUCUUCAAAGGCAUUUUAAAA